AUGUUUUACCUCAUCUUGUGGGGCAAGAGAAUUCCAGUUCCAGAGAGACACCAAGGUCCUGUGAAAGCUCUGGUUUUUGUUGUGAUAUGUUCGAUCUCCGUGCUGCUUGACAAACUCGUGCCUGGAAACUCAGAUGGAUGGAGCAUUAUCUCGUAUGCUUCGUUUGCCUUGAUGUCACUGUUCACGUCAAGGAAGUCUGAGCUAGGAUUCGAAACUGGGUUCUUCAGUUUUUUCCUGUCAUUGUUUGUCGAACAACUUUGCAAAACCAACUUGAAACUCUCACCGAUUGCAGUAGUUUUUUGCUUGGUGGUCCUUAUUCUUCGCCACUACUCAGCAUCCGGAGUACAGUCUGGCUCCAUCGCUCCAAAUGGCUAUCAUCAUGUUGGAGUUGGUCCUCCAAAUGCAGCUGUAAUAGACAUUGGCGAUGAUGAUGAGAGCCAAGACUCCCUAGGGAUGGGAGAAGUUUCGGGGCAAAGCCUGUUAUCUGCCCGCAAUCAGCAAAAUAACCAAGAGGAGCCUUCUCAAUCUAGCCAAGAUGACAGAGUGAUGGGAGAAGUUUCAGGGCAAAGCCUGUCAUCUACGACCAUUCAACAAAAUCAUAACCAAGAGCAGCCUUCUCAAGCUCAAAACAACGAAGACGAGGAAAACCGUCCGCUUCUUCCAGACACCCAUCGUUCCUCGGGGAUGGAAGAAAUUUCAGAGGAAAGCACACCAGAGAGGGGCGAUGAGCAUAAUAAUGAAGCAGAGGAAGAUCCUUCGUCUUUGGCAGCUGUAUCCUGGGACCAAGAUCAUGUUCCAUCAGGAAACAGCCACGUCAUAAUCCAAAUCGAGGGGACGCCUGAACUACGGUACUCCUCUUAA